AUGUUCCAUAUCUCGAGAAAUCGAAACCACUCAAAAAAUAGAAAUCAGGGCUUCAGCACACUCCAACACAACCCCCACCUUUCUACCAUCAUGUCACUGUGGUCAAGUAAACCUGUGAGGCAAGAUUACAUUACCAAAAUUAGAUAUACCAACAUUCUUUCCCCUCCGCCGUUAAACCCAAAACUCCUCCAAUACCAUACAACAACGCCAACUUCUUCCCAAAAAGAAGGAGAUCAAUUAUUAUCGUCGUUAUUUCGUAAGGAAAAUUUUCACAAUUUUCUAGAAAGGAUCGAUGAUCAAUCGGGGCUAGAGUUGAACUUGGUUGAUAACGUGGGAUUUUUGGAACAUGGUGAUUCCAGUAGCAUCGGGAAGAUAAAAAACAAACUGGUUGCUUUGCACCAAAAGUACAGGGCACUAUUACGAGGUGCGGGUAUUGGCAAAAUCAAGAGAUCCGACCAAGCUGUACCAUUUUUGAGAAAAACUGAGUUUAUCUCCGAUCAAUCAUUGUCAAAGUUCAGUACAAUAAGCGCGCAUACUGAAGAGAGCGAGGUGAAUGUGGUGAAUGUGAAAUUGAUAAAUAGCGAGGAGCACAACUUGGAUGCAGAACAUCAAUUGGAAGCAGUGUAA